UUGCAUCAAGUGUGGCAGGCACGACCCGACGCCCGAAUUAUUACCCCGAUUUGACCGUGUCUGACCAGAUUAUUUGUUGGCACCGCAUGUCACUGGGGUAGAUACCGCCAAGUUACGAGCACAUCGUUUUGAGAUGACCUCGUAGAGGCAACACGAUCAUAUCAGCAGCCAUGGUACGAUUGACGAUAACACCCGCCAUCGCCGAAGGUCAGCAGAAGCUGGCUGAGGUCAGAUUUGGGCGGCGAAUCGCAGCGACACCAGACGAUGCAGAGCAGGAAACCACGUCAGAAAUUGCCAUUGAGAUUCCAGCGACAGACAAAGCCGAAGAGCCGACGCUUGGUAACUACGUGAUUGGAGAACCCAUCACACACAGCCAGAUAUUAGAUUUGUGGAAAAGUCUGAAGACGGAAGGCAUUGAGGGCUUCAGUUUGGAGGGACUUCUGCGAGGCGCCAGAGUCUACGUACCCCCGCCACCUCCAAAGCCUGAACCAUCUGCCGAGUACAAAGCCCUGAUGGCCCGCCUGCGACGCGAGGAAGAAGAACGAACGUACCAGCGCAUGCUUAAGCAACCGUCCCGGAUGGAGGCCUUUUCCCAGCAAUUUCCCAGUGCCGCUGCCCGAGCACAUGCCUUCGCCGAAGUUAACCGUCCUAUGAACGAAGCAGACCAUGGCGAUGACGAAGUGACGCUCGGGGACGUGCAGAAGCAGAUUAUGGUCAUUCUCAACUUCCUCAUAAGCAUCAUUGGUGUCGCAGCCACCAUCUGGAUAGCGGCCCGAUGGUGGAAUGUCACUGCCCGAAUAUUCUUGACGCUCGGGGGCGCCAUUGUCGUCUUGAUAGCAGAGGUCGCUGUAUACUCCGGCUAUGUUUGGAGGAUAGGGGAGGCAAAGUCCAAGACCAAAGAACCGGAAGAAAUCAGGGAGGUCAUGCAAUCGUGGGUACUGGGUAAGGAGAGUAAGGGCGAUCCAACCGAGAAAACAUCUACUCUUCUCGAUACGAAAUCGCAAGAUACAGACGAAGGCAUACGGCGGAGACUAAAGGGGCUUUCGUAAGGAGUAUAAUCCACCAAUUAGAAACAUAAUUGGCAGCAUCAUUUGCGAUGUUCAGAGGUGCCGGCUAACCACUGCAUUUCGUGUUAUCGCCACGUACCUAUGCAAGGUCAGAAAAACGCCCCAAAACAGCCUUUGUAAGUUGAUACCAUAUGGCCAAAAUCGCCUGGGGUUCUAGAACAAAAUCUUUUCCACAAUAG